GCGCCAGCACUAAACCCUAGCCCCGCCCGCCGCCGUAGCCAUGGGAAAGGUGCACGGAUCGCUAGCGCGCGCGGGGAAGGUGCGCGGGCAGACGCCCAAGGUGGCGAAGCAGGACAAGAAGAAGAAGCCCCGGGGCCACGCCUACAAGCGCAUGCAGUACAACCGCCGCUUCGUCACCGCCGUCGUCGGCUUCGGCAAGAAGCGCGGGCCCAACUCCUCCGAGAAGUAGAUCGCCGGCAGGUGCGCAUGAGGGCAUCAGGAUUGUGAUGUUCUCUUAUGGGUUCAGGAUGAUGUAUGGAUGAGGAAAAGAAACUUGAGAUUGCAUUUUGGUUGAUGCUGAUGGAUGUUAUGUGCCUACUUGAAUCCUCUUUAUUAUCAUUUCCAGUAAUAUUAUUGUUACCCUGUGCAUUUCUCUCAAA